AUGGUAAUGAGCUGGGCAAACCAAAAAUUGAGGCUACGGAUGAGAAGUCCAAUGAAGCUUCUUUCGUCUGAGCAAUCGGACGAGAGCGAUGAUUAUGACGUAAUAGUGGAAGUCUUUAAUCCACCUCGCCCAUUAGGAUCAUUGCGAGACAGCUGUCGUAUUUACGAGAUGCGCGAAAAAAAACCUAAGGUUCUGGAUAAGAACUUCAAUGUGGUGUCGGCUCAGCACUCGAACAAGAGCGCUGAUCGUAAAAAGGGAGGCGCUGAAGCUCCCCCACAUGUAGCUGGUCGUGCCCGCUCAUCAUCUGGAUCCUCAUCUACUAGCAGUGGAUCAUCCUCAUCGUCAAGCAGUGACUCUAGCGACUCUAGCGAUUCAGAAUCAGGUUCUGAUUCAAAAAAUACUAUGGUCUCUAAAUCCCGCUCAUCGUCUCCAUCAUCUCGUGACAGUCAUGAGUCAUUGUCAUUAUCAGAAAGUUCCUCGAGUGCUGAGAACUGA